AUGUCUCUCUUGACUAGAUCACGCCUAGCGGCCUCAGUCUGCAAACGCAGUGGCAGUACUGGGCUACGCGCUCUCUCUACAGUUGUCCAUGAAGACAGUGACGUCGUAAUAGUGGGGGGAGGCCCUGCGGGACUCGCUCUUGCGAGUGCUCUUGGAUCGUCACCAGUUGUGCAGGAUAGCCUUAAAAUAACCCUCGUAGAGGCCAGCGACCUUUCAAAGGUCCGGGACUGGAGUGUCGCCUCAGAUUCCUUCUCAAAUCGUGUUAGCUCAAUAACAAAUACUUCGAGGCAGUUCUUGGCCGCCAUCGGUGCGUGGCCCUAUGUGGAUGAACGACGCACCAUGCCUAUUGAGGAGAUGCAGGUCUGGGAUGGAAUCUCGGAUGCACGCAUUACUUUCUCGGCAACAGAAGCGGCCCCGGCUGGGACAACGGCUCCUGAAAUGGCACGACUCACGGAGAACUUGAACCUUCAGCGUGCCCUCCUCCGUUACCUAGACACCACACCCUCAAUUAAGCUUCUUGAUAAAGUCAAGGUGAAUUCCAUAGAAAAGGAACAGGAAGAGGGAGGCGGAUGGCCAUUGGUACAUCUUUCAGACGGUCGGGUCCUUCGAGCGAGAUUAUUGGUCGGUGCCGAUGGUUUCAACUCUCCUGUGCGUUCGUACGCCGGUAUUCAAUCGUACGGGUGGGCGUAUGAUACUCAAGCCAUCGUUGCGACCCUCAACCAUCGCCCACGUACGCACUUUGAACCACCGAAUACCGUGGCCUACCAACGCUUCCUCCCCACCGGGCCUAUUGCUUUUCUACCACUAUCUGAAACCGUCUCCUCUAUCGUCUGGUCCACAAAGCCUCCUAUCGCUAAGGCACUUACGGCGUCGGAUCCUGCGGUACUGGCAACCAUGAUCAACGCCGCAUUUCGCCUGCCAGAGGUCUCCAUCCGGUAUUUGCAUAGCCAGAUUCUGGAGGCGCACGCAGCAGGAACGCCGCUGACUCCACAGCAGAUUCUGGAAGAGACUAGCUGGAGGGAACGCUCUCACAGCAUUAAUCAGUACUCUGCAUACUCCUUAAGCGCACUUGGGAAGACUGCUCCAGGUGGCAUCCCACCUGAGGAUUCUGACGCACUGCCGCCAUUCAUCACAUCUAUUCAACCGGACACGAUUGCAUCCUUCCCUCUACGCUUCAAUCAUGCUGACACUUACAUCGGUGGGGGCGACGGCGCGCGAACGAUCUUGGUUGGCGAUGCCGCACACACAGUGCAUCCAUUAGCGGGUCAGGGACUUAACAUGGGUCUCGCGGACGUGGAGUCACUGUUCAGGUGUAUCCAGAAUGCUGUGGCCAAUGGCACAGAUGUCGGCUCGCACACUGCGCUCAUGCCUUACGCUCGAGAGCGCUACUUCGAGAACCACAAGAUUAUGUCUGCUGUCGACAAACUUCACAAGCUGUAUUCUACGACAGCCUCUCCAGUAGUUUGGGCCAGAUCGGUUGGGGUUGAAGUUCUGAAUGAACUUGAUACCAUCAAGGCGGCCAUCAUGAUGUCCGCUGGAAGCAGUCGCCGUUCAAGCACCCAAGAGGUUGGGUGGAGUGUUGCUGCGAGUGGUAUCGAAACGCUGGCUAGGAACAUCAAUACAGCGAAAGCUCUCGGGGGCGGUGUCUUAGGGUUGGCGGGGGCAGGUGCACAGAGCCUCCUGAAGCAAUUCGCUAACAUGGGUAGGAGUUGA